AUCUUAUUAACCAUAGACAUACAAGAAUAUUAACAGAUUGUUAAACGUCAAGUUAUUGUAAAGACAAAAUUUUCAGAUAGAAAUAAACAGAAAUAAAUAUUAGAUUUAAAAUGGAUCCAGCAUUAUUAAGAGAACGAGAACUCUUUAAAAAACGAGCUUUAUCCAAUCCAACUGUCGAAAGAAAAAUUAAAGAGACCAAAUAUGAGAGCCGUGAAGAACCACCCAAAAAGAAAUCAAAACCUGUAUCGUCCAGUAGUGGACCGAAAAUUGAUAUUUCAAACUACAAAACUAUGACUGGUAGUUCACAAUAUCGAUUUGGAGUCUUAGCGAAAAUUGUUAAACAUAUGAAAACUCGUCACCAGGAGGGUGAAGAUCAUCCAUUAUCAUUAGAAGAAAUUUUAGAUGAAACUAAUCAAUUAGAUGUUGGAAGUAAAGUGAAACAAUGGUUAUUAAAUGAAGCUUUAGUAAAUAAUCCAAAAAUUGAAGUAUCACCAGAUAAUAAAUUUACGUUUAAAGCAACGUAUAAAAUUCGUGAUAGAAAAUCGUUGUUACGAUUGUUAAAACAACAUGAUUUAAAAGGUUUGGGUGGAAUUCUACUUGAAGAUAUUCAAGAAUCAUUACCUCAUUGUGAUAAAGCUCUAAAACAUCUCCAAAAUGAAAUUUUAUUUAUAACACGACCAAUUGACAAAAAGAAAAUAUUAUUUUAUAAUGAUCGAACGGCAUCGUUACCAAUCGAUGAAGAAUUCCAAAAAUUAUGGAGGACUGUUGGUGUUGAUGUGGUUGAUGAUGAAAAGAUCGAUGAGUAUUUAGAAAAACAAGGUAUCCGAUCAAUGCAAGAUCACGGUCUUAAGAAACCAAUGGCACCAAUUAAACGAAAGAAAGCAAGUAAUCGUAAGAAACAAUUCAAGAAACCAAGAGAUAAUGAACAUUUGGCUGAUGUAUUAGAAACGUAUGAAGAUAAUACUCUAACGCAAAAAGGACAAUUUCAAUCGUCGACUGAAAAAAAAUAAUUC